GUCCGUAGAGCCUCAAGAGAGGCCGUCAGACCGCAACUCCCCCAUCCCACACAAUGCGCGCCACGAUACUGCGACGCUUCCUCACGCCGGCUGUAUGGAGGCCGGCCGUGCCAAUGGCUGCGCCUUUGAUUUCGAAGAUUACCCCGGCGGCGAGGGCGUUCAGUAGCACUCCUACUGUCUUGACGACUUUGAACCAAGUUGCUAAGGGAUGCCGCAAACCCCAACGCGCACGCAAACAAACCUCCCCCGCGCUCUCCACCGUCUGCGCGCCCGAACUCAAAGGCGUGUGCCUCAAAGUCGGCGUGACGAAGCCCAAGAAGCCCAAUUCGGCGGAGCGGAAGACGGCGAGGGUGAGGUUGAGCACAGGGAGAGUGGUCAAUUGCUAUAUUCAGGGAGAGGGACAUAAUGUGCAGCAGCAUUCCGUGGUGUUGGUUAGGGGGGGCCGGUCGCAGGAUUGUCCGGGUGUGAGGUAUCAUUUGGUUAGGGGGGCUUUGGAUUUGAGUGGUGUUGGAAACAGAGUUACGAGCCGUUCGAAGUAUGGGACGAAGAAGCCGAAGAAGGUGGCUGCAGAAUAAGGAGGUGUAGGUCGGAUGACAAGGGGCGGAGGAAGAUAAAUGUGCGAAUAACUGUAUCCAAUACAUUGUAGGCGUUAGAGAGAGG